AGCUCUUUCGCUAUCUUACGCCGAAGCUAUUUCUCCUCUGUUUGAAUAAUUCCGGUUAGAUCAAAAUCAAAUUCAGUUUCUCGUCUCGAAGUAGUAAAGGGAAAAGGCAUGGAUUCUGGAACAAAAACGAAGAAAGGAGCAGCUGGAAGAAGAGGCGGUGGAGGAGGUCCUAAGAAGAAACCGGUUUCCCGGACGGUUAAAUCCGGUCUACAGUUUCCUGUCGGUAGGAUCGGUCGGUAUCUUAAGAAAGGCCGUUAUUCGAAACGUGUUGGAACCGGAGCUCCGGUCUAUCUCGCCGCAGUCCUCGAGUAUCUUGCUGCUGAGGUUCUUGAGCUAGCGGGUAACGCUGCAAGAGAUAACAAAAAGAACCGUAUCAUACCACGCCAUGUUCUAUUAGCAGUGAGGAACGACGAGGAGUUAGGGACGCUACUCAAAGGCGUAACCAUCGCACACGGCGGAGUUUUACCAAACAUAAACCCAAUCCUCCUCCCAAAGAAGUCUGAGAAAGCAGCUUCAACCACAAAAACACCCAAGUCACCAUCAAAGGCUACCAAAUCCCCUAAGAAGGCAUAACUCUUCCUCUCGAAUAUGCCUCUCUGUUUCUCUGUAAAGACAGAACACCUCUUACUGUUCACCAUGUUGUAAACAAUGUGUCGUGCUAAUGUUUAGAAAAAACAAAUACUCUGUUCUUACAUAAGU